AAAUGGGGCCCGUUGAUGUCGGCGUCAUCUUAUGUAAGACGACAUGCGCGCGCAUCACCACUCUUGGCUCGGCAGCCGACUUGCGGCGACGCGAGCCGCAAUCGACGUCUCGGCUUGCGAGAUUUUGGCCGCUCGCUGGCCCUUUAAGUGCGGCGACCAACCUCAAAUGUUCUCCAAAGUUGCGCACACGCCUGCCCGCCCGCCUGCGCGCGCGUAGCGAGUGACCUAUUUAAAAGGUUAUUUCUUUGCCCUGCGGUGGGAUUAAGAAAACAAAGCAUGAAUGCUAUAUUUAUCCUUUUUCCUUAUCUCAUGCAGAAGCCUGAUCAUGAUCACCAUCCCUGCCUUGGAUUAACCCCCCCCCCCCACACACACACACACACACACACACACAUGCGCACACGCUCCACAAUAACAACAUGAGUAGUAGGCGGCCCACGGGCAAAAGCAUCCACACAAAAGAGGCGAGCAUUAGGACCUUUUUACAAAUAACCUUGCGAGUGCAGCAUUUUUCUGCGCACACAAGAUGUAUGCGCGCGUGUGUGGUGCCAGAGGGCAGCCGGACACAAGAUUGCUUUAAUUCAAGUUGACAGGCGCUGACUUCAGGUCCAGUCAGAAAUCACACACUCAAAUGAUGAAAGUUGAUUUUGAUUUGACUCGCCUUGUGUCCGUCCAUCCGUCUUUGUGUGGAUGGCAUGGCACGUGACCAAGCAUAUUUGGUCACGACUGACUCAAAUGAUUCCAAACUCUUGUUAUUGCAGUCGAAUUCAAUGCAAACUUCUGUUUGGGUGGAGAGAAGCAUUAAAAAAAAAUAAUGUUUUUUUUCUUUUCCCCUCCUCACCUCAUGCAUUGCCAACGUACCAGAUUGGGAAUGAGCAGAGCGUGAUGGGGAUCUCCUUCAGCAAAAGCACUGCUACGGGUGGGUGAGUACUCGUAUCUGUCUCGACGUGGCCAUUUUUCAACAAGCCUCAUAUUUGUGUUUGAUCAUAUGUUGCGUGUGCCCAUCCAGUUUCUCUGGAUGCAAACUGGGAUGGAGACGCUCACCAUGGCAACAGGUGCGCGUGACGUUAGGCGAAGAACCGGCCGGGCCUGGCGUGAGCCCGCUCAGGCGCGGCCAGCGUGGAAACGCUCCUCUGGAAGGGAAAGGAGGGGAUGGGGGGCUGCCGUUGCCAUGGCGACAGAGGCAAGCUUUCCUCAAGUGGGAAGGACGCAAUUCUCACUUUCUCUCCAUGGUUUUCUUUCCUCUCUUUUUCUCUGUCCUUCUGUCUCUUAUGCACACUCACUCCCCCCCUCCCCCAAGAUGACUUUCUCUUUUCUUUUUGGCUUGUUUUGGUGUGUUGUCACUCUGGCGCUGUCACUCCCCUCUCCCUCUUCUCUCUCUCUCUGUCCUCUUUACGCCCCCCUGUGGCUUUGUUUUCCUCUGUCCGUCCUUCUGUCCUCCCUCUACCUGUGUGGAUCCCUCGCUGUCUGUCUGCCCGUUUUGGUCUCUCUCUCUUGCUCUAUUUAUAGCAAUGUCUCCCCCUUUUUCUGCCUCCCUCUCUCUCUUUCUCUCCAUAGCGCCAAAAGCAUGUCUGCAUUGCGUCGAGCCCAACCCCCCCACCCCACCUCCCUCCCUCCCUCCCUCCUUGCCGUCAUCCUCCUGGUCGUCCUCAGCAGCACAGUAUGCUUCAGCCGAGCCGGCCAACAGCCACCUUGCGCUGAAGGAGCGCCUCCUUUCUUCCUUCCUUCCUUCCUUCCUUCCUUCCUUUCUCCUCGGCCGUCUUUUCCUCCUCGCCGCUCUCGCGGCGCUCCCGCCCGCGACGAGGAGGAGGCGCCGAUGCCGCAGUGCGGGCGCCGGCGGGCGGCACGCGGCCCCAUCGUCGGGCGGCGUCGGCGGGAAAGCGACACCCGCGCGACGCAGCGCCAUGAAUAUUUCAUGCCGCCCGGAGCCGAGCGCAUCCAGCAGAUCUGCCGCCCGUGACGCGCCCGAGAUGACGAGGACGGUG